GGCGUCCGGACGGGCUGAGAGCGGCCCCGGAGCGCGGAGCGGUGCUGCAACGAGGCGGAGGGGCGGCGGGAGCGGUCGUCAGCGGCCGCCGAGACGCAGCCGAAGGAGAAGGCGGCGAGAGAGAAGAGGAAGAAGAAGUCGGAGACGGAGUGGCCCGGAAGCGGCGAGCGUGAGGUGUCGGCGGUGUUGCGGUGGCGGCGGGGCCGUGCGGGAGAUGUGCGCGGCGAGAGAAGGGCGCUGCGGCCGGAGGCAGCGGGCGCUGCUGUGCUGCGUGUUGGUGGCGGCGUGGGAGGCGGCGCGGGGGCAACUGCGCUACUCGGUGCCCGAGGAGCUGCCCAAGGGCUCGUUCGUGGGCGACGUGGCCACGGACCUGGCGCUGGAGCUGGCGGCGCUCGGUGCCCGCGGCGCCCGAGUGGUGUCCCCAGGCAGGACGCAGUAUUUCGCUCUGCAUGCGAGCAGCGGGCACUUGGUGACGGCCGAGAGGAUAGACAGGGAGCAGCUGUGCGAGAAAGAACCACAAUGCGUGCUGCGCUGUGAGCUGAUCGUGGAGGGCGAGAUGAAGGUUUAUGCAAUCGAAGUGGAAAUCACGGACAUUAACGACAACGCACCCAGCUUCAAAAAGUUGGAGACUGGAGGAGAAAUCAGUGAGAUCGACAAGCCCGGGGGCACGAUUUCCGUUACCUAAGGCUCAUGACCCGGGACAUCGGUGCUGAAUUCCCUGCAGAGCUACGCGCUGAGCGGCGACGAGCACUUCUCGCUGUCCGUGCAGGCGGGAGCCGACGGCGAGAAGCGUCCCGAGCUGGUGCUGGCCAAGGCGCUGGACCGGGAGGAGGCGGCGUUUCACGAGCUGCUGCUGAGGGCGAGCGACGGCGGCGACCCGGCGCGGACGGGCACGGCGCGCAUCCGCGUGGCUGUGCUGGACGCCAACGACAACGCGCCCGCGUUCAGCCAGGCGGUGUACACGGUGCGAGUGCCCGAGGACGUGCCCGUGGGCUCCACGCUGCUCCGCGUCACCGCCACCGACCCCGACGACGGAACCAGGGACGUGAAAUACACAGUGAAUAAAAUUACUGACAAAGCUUUGAAGUUAUUCCAUCUUGACGCUAACGGGAGCGAUUCAGGCUUGGCGAUGUACCUGGACUUCGAGGAAGCACAGUCGUAUGAACUAGAAGUGCAGGCACGGGACGGAGGAGAUCUAUUCGAUACGGCAACAGUGUCGAUCUCGGUGACGGACGUGAACGACAACGCGCCCGAGAUUUCGGUGCGGUCGGCGCUGAGCGAGAUCUCGGAGGACGCGGCGCCGGGGACGGUGGUGGCGCUGCUGCACGUGCAGGACCGCGACUCGGGCGCCAACGGGGAGGUGCGGUGCAGCCUGGGCGAGGGCGUCCCGUUCCGGCUGGAGCGGGCGCUGGACGACUACUACAGCGUGGUGACGGCGCGGGAGCUGGACCGCGAGCGGGCGUCGGAGUACAACGUGACGGUGCGGGCGGCGGACGGCGGGUCGCCGGCGCUGCGGAGCGGCGCGGUGCUGGCGCUGCGGGUGCUGGACGUGAACGACAACGCGCCGGUGUUCGCGGAGGCGCGCUACAGCGCGCGGCUGCCCGAGAACAACGCCGAGGGCGCGCUGGUGCUGACGGUGCGCGCGUGGGACGCGGACUGGGGGCAGAACGCGCGCGUGCGCUACCGGCUGCGGGAGGGGCGGCUGCGGGGCGCGCCGCUGUCGUCCUACGUGUCGGUGCAGGCGGAGACGGGCGCGCUGUACGCGCUGCGCUCGUUCGACUACGAGGAGGUGCGCGAGGUGGAGCUGUGGGUGCGGGCGGAGGACGGCGGCGCGCCGCCGCUCAGCAGCAACGUGUCGGUGCGGCUGCUGAUCGCGGACGAGAACGACAACGCGCCGCAGGUGCUGUACCCGCCGGCGGCGCCGGGGCCGGGUCCGGUCGGCGCGGGCGUCGGUGCGUGGGGCUCGGCGUCGGGCGCGUGGAGCUGGGCGGGCGUGGAGCUGGCGCCGCGCUCGGCGGAGCCCGGCGCGCUGGUGGCCAAGGUGGUGGCGGUGGACGCGGACGCGGGGCAGAACGCGUGGCUGUCGUACGAGCUGGCCAAGGCGACGGAGCCGGGGCUGUUCCGCGUGGGGCUGCACAGCGGCGAGGUGCGCACGGCGCGCUCGCCGCUGGCCCGCGACGCGGCCCGGCACAGCCUGGUGGUGGUGGUGAAGGACCGCGGGCGGCCGGCGCUGUCGGCCACGGCCACGCUGACGGUGGUGCUGGCCGAGAGCGUGGCCGAGCUGCUGUCGGAGCUGGGCAGCGCGGCGGCGCCGGCCGAGCCCGCCGGCAGCCUGACGCGCUGGCUGGUGCUGGCCGUGGCGGCCGUGUCCUGCCUCUUCCUCGCCUUCCUGCUGCUGCUGCUGGCGCUGCGCCUGCGCCGCUGGCGCCGCUCGCGGCUGCUGCCGCCGCCUUCGGCCGGCGCCGCCUUGCGCGGCGUCCCGGCCUCGCACUUCGUGGGCAUCGACGGCGUCCGCGCCUUCCUGCGCUCCUACUCGCACGACGUGUCGCUCACCGCCGACUCGCGCAAGAGCCAGCUGCGCUGCGCGGGCGGCAGCUGCUGCGACACGCUCCCGGCCCGGCCGCCGCCCGACGAGGCCGCGCCGCUGCGCGGGGAAGACGCUGCCGCCCACCGCGCCGCCGAGCCCGACGGCCUCCCGGUGAGUGCUGCCACCGCCGCGGCUCCCCACUCCCUGCCUUCCCGCUCGCCUCUCGCUCCGGUCUUUGACUCCCCCUGGUGUCGCGUUUUCCCUUCUGCUCUCCAGGUUUCCUUUGAUGGCGAAUCUGUUACUAGUACCUGUCUCUUUCUUCUCCUCUAUCCUAAUUCUCUCUGAUGUUCGGCGUUAACGGCCCUCUUCUGCGGAUUGUUGUCGCUCUCUCUGUUGGGCAACGUUAGUGACAGUUCACUAUCCGGAGGCGUGUAGAGAUAGCCUUUCCGGGACGUGUGAAGUGUUAGCACUUUCACUGCCUCCUUUCAGUUCGUGCCGUGUCCUCCUCUCUCAGCUAUACCCGAAGGCACGCGACUCAGUCGUCAGAUGAAGCUAUAUCCGUAAUAGAUUCCUUAUCUUAAAUAACUCGUUAGUUGAACUCGUUCUUUGACCUAUCUAAGACGGAUCUGUGUGGCAUGACGUCUGCACAAACGCAAGCUAUGGCAGCUGCAACUGUUUUUCGUGAUCCAGACUUCAGGUUUUUGCUGUUUAGUCUUCCUGGUGAAAGAAGAUUGACAUCUGGUGGUUGACAUGUUGGAGUGUGGUUUCACUGUUACGUUGCCUUUUCUGUUUGUCCUAGUCCAAAUUACUCUGCUUAUCCUUUCCUCCUUUACAACUCAUUCCUCAUCCUUCUCUUCCCCCACCCGUAGCAGUGAUUUGACUCACUCUUUGGAUGGCAAUAAGGGCAAUAAGAAUUGUCAGUUCACGGAUUUGGUUAGUUGAAAAUGGUUUUCCAAAUCUCACGCUUGGUCAUCGAGUUGUCAGUUUGUCUGAGUGUGAAAUUUAAGCAGUAGGACACUGUACUUACGGCAUUGAUACUACGCAGCUGGAUAGAAGCCACCUUUCCUUUCCCAUCUGAGGUAGCAGUAGGAUUUUGUUAGCAGCAUUGCCAUUGGAGUUCUUGUGUUUCUGUUCUUAUGUCCUAAUCGUUGUCUGGCAGAAAGAAUGAUAUCUGUGUAGAAUCAGGGCAGACAUGAAAUAGUUCAUCUUGCUUUUAUUGUACCUCUAUAGAUAGUAGGUGUUCUUGUUCUACCUCGUUUCUACCUCGUUUGGGAUUUUUAAUUACUGGAUGUAUUUGUCUGCUGCUUUUCUAUUUUUCCUUAAUCUUGCCAGCAAGUGGUGUUUGUGUGACUUGAAACUGGUCAGAGGAUCUUUGCCUGUCUGUUAAAAUUUGACAUUUCACAAUAUUAUGUUUCCUCUUCCCGCUCCUUUCUUCUUUUGCCGGCAGUACUUCUAUUACUAAAUUCAACACGCCUUUACUUCUGACUUCCCCAGUUUGCACUGAGUUUUGAUCCUGACAUCCUCAAUGUGCCUAGCCAGUGUUUCGCUUUCCCUGUGUAGAGUGCCUUUUUAUUAUUUGGAAUUCUGUAUCUACAUGCGCUUCCCAUUGAUAGCAGUGGGUUUGAUCAAUGUCUUUGAUGAAUCGAACGAUCAAAUCAUCCCUUGGCGAUACCUAUUCGCCUGUUAUCACAAUCAAUCGCAAUCUUCACAGUUCGUAGUGUUUACCUAAUGCUUUGGAAUGCUAUGUGUGAAUGGCUUGUGAGGGAUAUAGGGGAUUAUUUUGGUGAUUCGCAGUCUUUUAUCCACAUCCUGAUGACCUCCUAUCAGUAGAUCUGGGCGUAUUUUUCUAACACUUUCUGUGGCAUCUGCCAUGUUAGGAUUUUAUCACUUUAAUGUCUAGUUUCAUAAUGUUUGGGGAGAUGCAAGAGUGAUGUCUCUGCAGUGACAAUGCUGUUCGUCACUUUGGUACAUUAAAUGUUUUUGCCUUGUUUCUUUUCAAUUUCUAAAGACUGAUCUCAGGGUGGUUGAUAACCUAUUGAGAACUGGAAUGCCAUAGAUAAACGUCCAGCCGGGGAUCAGUUUCCACACCUGCCUUGAAUUGUUAAAGCUGUCAGUAGGAAGAACUUUCUAUACUUAGGCUUCUGUAAAAUAUCACUGAGUGAAAUGUUGCUGUUCAUGAUCAAGUUAGUGCCAAGUGCUCUUAUGUUUAAUCAUGACAGUAAAGUCUGUGAAUGUUGGGAAAGGAGAGUGAGAGACUGGUGCUGAGCAUAGGAAAAAGGUAUUUAGAGUGAUACGAAGAUGGGUAUGGUUUGAUUUCAUACCUGGUGCAAAGGUCUGUGUUGUUUACAUUACAAUCCUCAUUUCCCUGUCAUUAGAGGCAGCAAUAUUCUCUUUGAAAUGAAGAUUUCUUCCAGAUUGUUUGUGGGACAGUUCUUUAUAGCUAGAAUGGUGUAUAAUGGCAGUGUUUAUUUAUCCAUUUAUGCCUCUCUAGUUUCCUAUAUCCCUGUGAUGUACAUUUCCUUCACUGUGAUCUUCAUGUGUUCAGGCCUAUACUUCCAGGGUGGUUGUGGUUCGUGUUUUCCAUUUCUGGCCAAUGCUUUUACAUUGGGAAAUGCAAGUGUUGUAUUACAGGAAAUCCUUCCUUCCUUUGACACGGUCUCAGUCAGCUGUAGACAAGAUUUUUUUCUGUGUGGAAAUAAGGAAGUAGAAGAUCUCAGAAGUGUAAACUUCCAAAAUAGUCUCACGAGGAGAGGCUUCAACUUCUGGUUUCUUUAUUUCUGUGUGCUUUCAACCAUGAGUUGGCUUUGACUGCCGUGUUAUACUUUGCAUUGUUGGCAGGGUUGGAUAACUUCCCAGUAGCACAUGUGCUAGAUAUGUUGGGUGAGAUGGUCUUGAAGCAGAACAUUAUUGUCCCUAUAUAUAAUUUCUAUUAAACAUUUAAACUCCUUACAUCUUAUCUGCAUGAUGAUAUGUUGAGGGAAAAAAUGUCCUUGUAUCCACCCCUGACAUGGUCUUGGUACACAUGGUAGAGAAAUGGGCUGGGCUACCGUUCCAAGCUGUUUGUUAUGAAAACAUAUUGAAAACAAUCAUAGGAGUAUUAUUUGGGAAUGGCGUGGGGAUAUUCUUCCUGAAGAGGUUCUGGAGGAAAGAGGAUUGUUUCACCUGUGACCACACAGGAAUGGAGCAGAGUUUGCUGGUGCGUGAUUGGUAUUGGUAAGAGUCUCUUUGUGGGUCCAUCACUCUAACUUCAUGUUGAAUAGCAUUUGCCAAAAUUGUAGAACAACAUCUGAAGAGUGGUAGGUAAUAUUUUCACUUGUCAAUUUUGCCCCCUUUUUUUUUUUUUUUUUUUUUUUUCUUGUAUGUGUAUAGCAGUCAGGAAUAGUCAGGAAGAGGACUUGGAUAAGCUUAAGUUUCCCUGAACUGACACUGAAUGACAUGCUCUUCCUAGGAGCCAAAAUGUUUCUUAAAGUUGGAUAUAUCCAUGGUGCAAGUAAAGGUUGUGAAUGCAACAAGGAUGGUGAGUGACUGGAUUUGAAUUUGAAUAGCAGUUGGGUCAGCUUUGUUGUUGUGUGGGCGAUGGUUUGAUUUCAUUGUUGCUGUCAAGACCUGUAGUACGUACGCACCAUUUUAUCCCAGAUCCAACAUCUUACUUUGUAAUGAUAAUCCUCUGAUGACAAAAUUUGUCUCUCUAUUGGAUGAUAACGCCUAUCUCUAAUGGCUUAUGAAUUUUGAGUGAAACCUCUCUUGUAUCUAGUUGUAAUGUUGUGAUGGAGAGUUUCUUAAUAGCUGUAAUUCUGUUCAUAGGGCUUUGUUCCCAGGGUGGCUGUGAUCCACGUUUCCCAUUUUCUGAACAGAGCGUAUGCAUUUGGAAACAAUACGGCUGUGUUGCAGAAACUCCUGACCUUCCUUGAGCAAGUCUCAACAAGCACAUGAGGACAGACUGUUUUGUUUGACAAAACUGAGACUGAAUCCGUCAUGGUUUGAGUUGUUAGAGUUAGGGUAGUCUGGUUACUUUGAGGUUGGGCUUGACAAUCUUGAAGGUCUUUUCUACCCCAAGCAAUUGCAUGAUUCUAUGGUGGGUUUUUUUGUUUGUUUGUUUUGUUGAUUUUUUUUUUAAUAAUUUGAAAAAGUUCCCGUAUUAACUCUUUUUUAUUUAAAGUUUCAUAGUCUUUGGAGAUGAGCGGGAGAGUUGGAAUCUUUCUGAGAAGUGGUGAUUUUUUCCUAAAAUGAAAUCUUCCAUUGUGCAAUUUAUGGGAAGAAUUUAGGGCCCUACUUGCAGCUUAAGAACCGAUUGGAUUCCAGGUGUAGUGGAAUAGAAUUUCAGUUUCCAUAGAGAAGACCAUUAUUCCCUCUGGAGUUUGUCAGCCUCAUUUCUCUUUGAAUGUUUCCACGUGCUGCUGGACUGAUGACAGCAUUUCCUGCCCUUAUGUCCAUGUACAUAUGUUGAAUUGGAAAAGGCAACAAAAAUAGUGUUGUAUUUAUUUUCA